GCAGCGCCUGCAUUCUCCAGAUUGUCUCUUCACAGAGCGGCUGACAUGUGGCACUGCUAAGCCGGCUUGAACGCGCCGAGCCAUGACUAUGUUCGGUAUCAAGACGUGCCUCUGGUUCGUUGUGAUCGUUAGCUUGGGACUUGCGGGUGCCAAGAAAUACAAGUUUUUUAGGAAAACGGCUCAAGGAACGUUACAAGAGCUCGAGGAAUCCUGCUCCCAACCGUGCCAGAAUGGCGGCCGUUGCUUUAAGGAACGGUGUGCCUGCCCUCCUGAAUACAUGGGGCACUUUUGCGAAUACCCGAGGGAUGUAUGCAACGUGGAGCGAGCUGGGUUCCUUGGAGUGUCCAGGUGCAGCCACAAUCGACUCGGGACGACGUGCUUCCUCGAAUGCUCUAGGGAUUGGAGCUACGAGUCUCUUCCGCUGACAAACGUGUACAACUGCACCCCUUCUGGCGAGUGGUCACCUCCGGAGUUCCCAAAAUGUAUCAAAAAGGGGGACCGCCAAGUCAAGACAUCAGCACCUGGAUUUAAACGCCCGAGCGGGACGUGCGCAGUCUGGGGACGAGGACAUUACCGCACCUUCGACGGUUCCCUGUUCAGCUUCCGCAGCCGUUGCCGGCACCUCCUGGCUCACGAGUGUCGCAGCGAUACGUUCAGCGUCCACGUCAGCGACAGACACUGCGACGCCACGGCGCAGGCGGCGCAAUGUCGGCGCUCCGUCGAGGUCUACGUGGAAGGGCAGAAGUACGCCUUCGAGGUCAAGCCCGCGCCCAGGGUGUCGCUGGGCAACGUGUCGGCCCUCCUACCGGCGACCCUGGAAGGACUGCGCGUCGACUACGUCGCAGGAAGAGUCAUCAUCAACAGUCAGCUCGGGUUCACGGUCAUCUGGGAUGGGCGGGACUUGGUGGAGGUUUCUGUGGAAGAGUCUCUCAAGGGAAGCAUGUGUGGCCUUUGCGGUCAGUACGACGGCGAUCCAAGCAACGAUUUUGUCAACAGCCACGGUCGGCAGGUCUCGUCCCGGUCCGCCUUUCUUGACAGCUGGAAGAAGGACGACCUAGGCGAGGAGUGCGAAGAUAUCUUCUUCGAUCCUUCGAUACAGCACCAUAGUGAAGAACUUGUCCUGGAAGCCCGUCAGCUCUGUUCCAGAGUUACGAAUGAGACGUUUGCAUCCUGCCACAAGUUGGUGGAUCCCAAACCGUACAGCGACAUGUGCCUGGAGGACUACGAGUCGUGCCUGGGCGAUCAGGGCGAUGGCUGCCGUUGCAGUGCGCUGGCGGAGUACUUCAGGGAAUGCACGCGACUCGGCGGUAGCCUCGAAGCAACCUGGAGGAGAGACGACUUUUGUCCUGCCAGGUGUCCGGCAGGCAAGGUGUACAGCCAGUGCGGCGCAUCCUGCAUCAAGACCUGUCGAGAUCCAGAACCCACCUGCCAGCCCGAGCGCUGUGUGGACGGCUGUCAUUGUCCCGAGAAGACGCUGCUGCACAACGGCCAGUGCCUUCGGCCGCAGCAGUGCCCUUGCCUGCUGCACGGCAGGGAGUACCGGGCCGGGAGUCUGGUCAAGCGUGAAUGCAACUCCUGUGAGUGCAGGGGAGGCGAGUGGCAGUGCACAUCAAACCCGUGUCCCUCGCGCUGCGUAGCGAACGGAGAUCCCUUCUACUCCACCUUUGACGGCAAGACGUACGAGUUUAGUGGACAGUGUCCCUACUACUUACUGCAUUCGAAGAACUUCAGCGUGAUCCAGGAACUCGGCCACUGCCCCACUGACGCUGCCGCCGCUGUCAAGGUGCCGGAGGGAACCGCCAAGGACUGCUACAAGUCUGUCACUGUGGCUUCCGGCAAGGAUGUCGUGAUCAUCGAACGCGGAAAGGUGACGGUGAACAGCUAUCAGGUUCAGCUGCCAUACUCAAGCUCAGAGGUCAUCAUCUACCCGGCAUCAUCGGAAAUUACGAGGGCUCAGUUUCCGAACGGCGUUGUGCUUCUCUGGGAUCGGCACUCGAGGCUGCACAUCGACAGUCCUCCAGGGCUCCAGGGCCAGUUCCAGGGUCUGUGCGGCACCAACAACCUGAACCAGAAGGACGACUUCUGGACGCCCACGGGCGACGUGGAGGUGGAGGUCCGGUCGUUCGCCGAAAAGUGGAAAGUGGACGACUCGUGCACGGAAGAGGAGUCCCUCGAGAAGCAUCCCUGCGAAAGAGCCCCUCAGAGGGUGUCCGGAGCAAAACGGUUGUGCAAAGAACUCUACGCAGACUACUUUCGAGAGUGUCAUUACCUGGUGGAUCCUGAGCCGUACUACAAGAUGUGUCUGCACCGUACCUGUGCGUGCGACAAGGCCCUGAAGGAUUGCAUAUGUCCCUCUUUCGCCGACUACGCCGCCGAGUGCACGAGGAAAGGAAGGCUAACCCAGUGGCGCCAGUACAUUCCUCCAUGCAAAGUGGAGUGCUCGAAGGACAUGGCGUGGAGCGAGUGCGUCCGCGAGAAGUCCUGCUUCGAGAUCGCCCUCGGAGAUUCCGGAAACCAGACGUGUGUGGAAGGUUGCGCUUGCGUGGCCGGCUACGAGGAAGACGGUGCGUGCGUACCCAUAGAUGACUGCUCGUGCCUGCAUGACCAUAGGCAGCAUCCGGCGGGUACCACGAAGAAGAUCGCUGGUCAGAUGUGCGAGUGUGACAACGGAGAGUGGGAAUGUUCCGACGAGGACGGCGACCACGACUCGGCGCCUCCGACGUUCGACGUGGACGGGACUUCGUCAGAACGCUGCCCGCACGACGAGAACGCGGAGUACACGAGCUGUCUGGACGGAUGCCCGCGCACCUGCGACAACAUCAACGCCGAGACGACCUGCGACACCGUGAGCUGCACACCUGGAUGUCGUUGCAAGAGCGGAUUUGUGCUGGAGAAAGCUACAAACAGUUGCAUUUCCGAGAGCCAGUGCGGGUGCAAGCACGGAGGGAAAACCUACCAGGUGGGCACCGAGAUACGGAGGGACUGCAACAAAUGCACGUGCAGCGGAGGUCGCUGGGAGUGCGAAAAGGGCCAGUGUCCUGGAGUGUGCACAGUCUGGGGCGAGUCCCACUUCAGCACUUUCGAUGGGCGCAUCUUCGACUUCCGCGGAGACUGCGAGUUCAUGCUGGCCAAAGGAAGACUGGACAAGGACACCCACUUCGAGGUGUCCUUCCAAGGAGUGCCCUGUGCCACGGGAGACACCAUUUGCAAGAGGACCACCAAGAUCGUGCUCCGAGGCGAAGAAGUCAUGACCCUCGGUGGCGUCAAGCCACUUCCGGCCGUCAGGUUCGGCGCUGGUCACAUUGUCCGCGAGACUACGCUUCAGGCGACGGUCUUCACCAACAUGGGCCUCGUCAUACAGUGGGACAAAGCAACACGUCUCUCGAUCAUCCUCCAACCAGCUUGGAAGGGAAGGGUGAAAGGACUGUGCGGCAACUUCGACGGCAAUCAGAUGGACGACUUCGAGACUCCGUCCGGCGGGAUGAGCGAGGGCGACGCCCGCGUCUUCGGGGACAGCUGGAAACUUCGAGAGGCGUGCCCGGCCACCAAGGAGCCCGAGGAUGUGUGCGAGCAGAAGCCCCACAGAAAGACGUGGGCCGUGCAGAAGUGCGAGGUGCUCAAGUCCCCGCUUUUCGAGCCUUGCCACUCGGAAGUCAGUCUCGAACCCUAUUACGAAAGAUGCGUGCAGGACGUCUGUGGAUGCGACUCCGGCGGAGACUGCGAGUGCUUGUGCACCAACAUUGCGGCCUACGCCCACGAGUGCGCGGCCCAAGGCGUCCCUGUCAAGUGGAGGUCGCAAACGCUGUGCCCUAUUCAGUGCGACACCGAGUGCUCCGAAUACGACGCCUGCAUGCCCGGAUGUCCCCCCAAGACUUGCGAAACGCUCAGCGUGUCCGGAAGACUGGAGGAACUCUGCGGCAACGGGACCACGUGCCAGGAGGGAUGCAGGCCCAAGCCCUGUCCCCCCGGCUACGUGUUCGACAACGAACGAGACAUGAACUGCGUGCGCGAAGCGCACUGCAAGGUGCCCUGCAAGGAGAUCUACGGGAAGCUCUACCUGGAAGGAGAACGCAUCACAGACGAGAGGAUUGCCGAGCCUUGCGAAUCCUGCUUCUGCCAGGGCGGCUCCCUCGUGUGCAAGGGCCAUCCAUGUCCGAACACGGAGACUCCGCCGACCAUCGACUGCAGCUCUAGUGGAUGGACGCCUUGGCUCAAUCCCCCGGCAAAGGCUUCUGGAGACUUCGCACUCUUGGGAGAUCCGAAGUUCGCGUCUCUGUACAGUGGCUACUGCGGACCUCGGAGCGUCGUGGACAUAGAGUGCCGCGUCACUCCCUCGGGAGUUGCUGCCAUGAAGGCGGGACAAAGCGUCACUUGCGAACUGCCCCGGGGACUGGCGUGUUACCACAGGGACCAGGCCGAGGGGACUUGCCUCGAUUACGAAGUUCGACUAUUGUGCGACUGUGAUUCAUCCGACAACGGAAUUACGACCACGGCAACAACUACCACGGACCGCUCUAGGAUAGGAGGAGGCUCGUCAGAGACAACCACAGCGACCUUCACGCACUACAUGAACGACAAGCAAACCACAAGCGUUGACGAUGGCGGACGAGGGCAGAGACCGACCGAAGCGCCUUCAGUAUUGUGCGUUCCUCACUGGACCGACUUCUACAACACCGAUAGCCCGGACAUCGGCGACGGAGACGUGGAGGCCCUCGAAGACAUCAGAAAGGAUUACGCCGUCUGUGAUGGCGGCCCGAUCGGGGAUGUAGAGUGCAAGGCGACUGUGGGCGGAAAGUUUGUGGACUACAGGGAAACGGAAGACGUGGGCGUCAAGUGCUCCAAGGACACCGGUCUGGUCUGUCUCAACUGGCUUCAGUCGAAGGGAAAAGUCUGCCAGGACUACGCAGUGCGCUUCUUCUGCCAGUGCGGAAAUACCCAGCAAGGGAUGACAACGGAAGCAAUAGUUCCUUCUCGGGAACCGGGCGAUGGGACUGAGACCGGUACGAGCGGCGGUGCUGCCUGCAUUCCCGGAUGGUCUCCGUUCUUCGACUUCGACAACCCCAGCAGCGGAGAGGGGGACAUCGAGUCUCCAGACGACUACGCGGAAAAAUCUUGUAGCACGGACAACGUCAAAAAGAUCGAAUGUAAAGUCAUAAAUGACGAAGCGGGAACGGUGAUUGACUGGACGCAAACGGGCGACAGUUACGUCACCUGUUCCAAGGAACAAGGACUGGAAUGCUUGAACGACUACCAGGAACCUGGCAAGAACUGUCACAACUACAAGAUUCGCGUCUUCUGUGACUGCCCCGGCAACGCCACGCCGACGUCCGCCACAGGUUAUCCAGAGCUGGAAGACACUAGCGCGCCUUCAGGAAUGACAAGGGACACCGAGUUUUCGGAGCCUACAGAACCAGAGCCAAGAGACCAGGGCGACAGACCAAUGUGCGGAUGGACCGAAUGGAUGGACGUCGACGACCCCAUGGCAUCUACGAGGGAUAUGGGAGACUUCGAAUCCCCGGAUGUCCUAAGGUCAAGGCACGGUAGCUGCGUGCUCCCGAACCUCAAGGACAUCGAGUGCCGUGUCAAGUUCACGCACGAAGACUGGAAACAAAGUGGGCAGAGUUCCCUGUCCUGCGACGUCCGCAACGGGUUCCGCUGCUACAACAAGUUUCAACUGAACUCGCGUUGUUUCGACUACGAAGUGCGCCUGCUGUGCGCCUGUUCGGAAAGCGAGACUACGACGACUGCCAAGCCUCCGUCAACCAUCGUACAGGAAGAGAAAACAGUGAAUACGGAGCCUGAGGGUACCACAUCUCCGACCACAUCAACAGGUUCGCAAGAAACGGCUCCUGCAUGUGCUUGGUACGAUGUGGUGUGCAAAACAAGACUAAAAGGAACAACUACCACCGAGGAACCACCCUCUUCAUCUUCCGAAUCCUCAACGUUUCCACCGAUCACUGAAACAGAACCGCAGAAAACGACACCAAGCUCCGAACUGGAAGAAACGGCUACUCCAGAUCAAGGUGUCGCAAUAACUGAUUCGCAAGGAACGGCUCCUACAUGUGCUUGGUACGAUGUGGUGUGCAAAACAAGACUAAAAGGAACAACUACCACCGAGGAACCACCCUCUUCAACUUCUGAAUCCUCAACGUUUCCACCGAUCACUGAAACAGAACCGCAGAAAACGACACCAAGCUCCGAACUGGAAGAAACGGCUACUCCAGAUCAAGGUGUCGCAAUAACUGAAGUAACCUCAAGCUCCAACGGACCGGACGGGUUCACAGCUCCUACCGAAAGCACAACGGAAAGAGGCGAGCCCACUCCUGCUGUCUACACUCCCACCCGGCCUGAUGGGUUCUAUGGCGAAGUAACCACAAGGCCCAACGAACAAAACGGGGUCACAACUCCCACUCAGAGUACCACGGAGAGAGAUGGGUACACUACUCCGUACAGUGCCGUUCACACAACCACCGGGCGUGAUGAAUUCCAUGGCGCCUGUCCUCCUGGUCAAGUCUACAGCAGGUGUGCUUACCAAUGCAACCAGACUUGCAACCUCUUUCGGAUUCAGCUGUACCGUCAGCGCAAGUGCAUCGAAGAAGACGAUUGCCUCCCUGGCUGCCGUCCCGCGUCUGUCUGCGAACGUCCGAAGGUCUGGCAUGACUACGUCACCUGCAUAGAGGAGGAGGACUGCAGCUGCAUGUACCAGGGAAAAAUCAUCGGAGCGAAUCAAGUCGUGGACGAAGGCUGCGAGCGUUGCAUCUGCCAGGACAACGGCGUGCUCUGUACAGACAUGCCCGGUUGCAAGACACUGCCGACAGGAUUGCCUCUGCUGACCGUCCCCGGGCAAGACGUACCCGUAAUCAUGGAGAACGUCACUCUGCCGGUGACUUGCGUUCCUGGUUGGACUCCCUGGUACAACACCCGAAAGCCAGACGAGCACGGAGACUUCGAGACGGUGGAGGCGAUACGAGCCAAAGGACAUUUCGUCUGCGAUGAACCUUACCGGCUAGAUAUCCAGUGCAGAGUGGCCUUCGAGAGGAUGGCUGGUAUCAAGUCGUCAGUUCCUCGCCAGGAGGUCGUGUGCGACCUUAAGAAAGGUCUUUUCUGCUCCAACGAUGCGCAAAGGAACCGUCGAUGUCUGGACCAUACGGUUCGCUUCUACUGCGGCUGCGAUUCGUCCCGAGUCACCAGCACCACCCCCCUGUCGACAGAUGUCCCAACGGAAUAUGCCUACGAUCGCACCACCACAGAAACAUCGGGAGAAUACAGUACGCCGACUGACAUUGUCUACAACCACACCGCCGUAGAAACGACAACAGAAAAGUGCAAGCGGUUCGUGUACCUGGUGAACGGUCCCAUGCCACUGCCAGCCAGCAGCUACAAGGCCUCCAGCAGCGCAAGUCCCGCGUCUGACCCGAACCAUUCCCGACUUGGAACCACAUCGACGCGGACGUCUUUGGGAGCCUGGAUACCGCGGCGCCAAGGCCCCGGUGAGUUCGUGGAAGUGGACCUGGGUCGAGUGCAGACCCUGUUCGGGGUCACGACCCAGGGCCGGGACCGCACCCACCAGUGGGUGACGCGCUACAGGGUGCUCGUCAGUACCGACGGAGUGCAUUACGCCUACAUCCAGGAUGCGGACGGAGAGGUCAAGGACUUUCUGGGCAACCACGACGCGAGCGGAGUGGUGCGACAGCUCUUCGAGCCACCCGUGAGGGCGCGGUUCGUGCGGCUGGAACCGAUCGCCUGGAACGAGCUCAUCGCACUGCGCUUCGACGUGCUCGGCUGCAUCGACGGAAUUCAGAACGACGAGCAAACAGCUGUUCCUCCACAUGUCACAGAAACCAGUCCUGGUACACCAGAAACUGCGACUUCAUUCGUGAGCUUGUGCCCCGAGAUACCCGAGAACCUCCGACAGUUCUGUCCCAGCUGUCCCCAAGGACACCUCUGCGAUGGUUCGACCUGCGUUCCCGAGUCCCACUGUCCUUGCUUCCAGGACGAACAUCUCUUUCAUGUGAAUACGAUCAUCAAGACUAGAGACUGCAACACCUGCACAUGCUCACUGAAUGGCCAUUCCAAAUGCGCGAGGACAGUGUGCCGAUGCACUCUGGAGGGCAAACGCUCCACGUUCGAUCGCGACUGCAACUGCAAGUGCGAGUUCUGCCCGCCUGGACAACGCCUCUGCCAGACGUCCAACGAGUGCAUCGAUGAGUUCAAGUGGUGCAACGGGGUCAAGGACUGCCCCGACGACGAGCAAGACUGCGCAAACGAGCCACAGGGACACCCGCCCGCCAUAUCUCCCUGCCCGACGGCAAAGAAACCAAACUGUCCGAAGGGCCAGUACCCGAAGAUGGACCGCAAUGCCCGAUGCCCGGAAUACGUUUGUGUGCCCGAAGGCGAUGAGGAUGUGUGCAAGGUUUUGGCCAAUGCUGGGAUCUGUAUGGUUGCGGGCAACUCGGUGAAGACGUUUGAUGGCCAGGAGUUUCGCUACGAGAUCUGCGACCACAUACUUCUGCAGGACAAAAAAUCGAGGCAGUUUUCUGUUACCGCCCACAAGAGAUGCCACAGGAGGGGAGACAUCAGCGUCUGUGAGAAAUCCGUGUCCAUCAUGUGCAACGACGUCUUCGUCAAGCUGGGUCCCACCCUCCAAGAGGUCAAGGUGAACGGAUCCGACGUUCCCACGCGCAGCCUUCAGACCAUCAGCCGUCGACUGAAGGACGUGCUCCUGGCCCUGAGUGGUCAACGACUGCUCUUCGCCUCGCACAAGCACAAUUUCCAAGUGGAGCUCGACGAAUGGCAAAACAUCAAGAUUGGGGUGUCCGAAUGCUUGUUGGAUACCAUCAGCGGUCUGUGUGGGUCCUUCAACUACGACCGGGCGGAUGACCUCCGCACUCCUGAUGGCCGGCUGGAGUCUUCUGGUCAGGUCUUUGGUGACAGCUGGAUGACUACAGCGAAAGCCAGCUGCUCACCUUCGUCUUGCCCCCACGACGUUCUUGAGAGAGCGCGCAACUGGUGUCACAAGCUGAAAGAGGCUCCCCUCAGUCAGUGCCUUGAGGCCAGCUCCACGAGCAUGUCGAUAAACAUCUGCGAAGAUUUUGUGUGCGAGUGCAUGGCCUACUCGGAGAACGAUGCCAAGAAGUGCAUGUGCCAAGCCAUCGAGGGUUUCGUCGCCACCUGUGAUGCGUCUGUUCGUCAGAAGAUUGCUUCUGAGUGGAGGCUUCUUCUUGGAUGUGCUCCAAAGUGUCCGGCUGGCAUGGAGUGGAGAGACUGUGGGCCUGCCUGUGAGAAGACAUGUGAGAACAUGCGGGACAAGUUCAACGAAUGUACGGAGGACUGCGUCUCAGGGUGUUUCUGUCCCAUGGGCCUUGUGCGCCGUGGGGACACCUGCGUACCGCCAGAGUUUUGCCAUGACUGUGUCUGCAGAGGCCACGGCGACCCCAACUACAUCACCUUCGACGGCCAUUACUACGACUUCCAGGGGACAUGCAGCUAUGUCCUUGCCCAGCACGUGUCCGGAGAUUCUCAGCUUGACUUUCAAGUGCUGGGCAUCAACGUGGAGUGUCCUGAGGAACCUCGAACGACCUGCACUCAGGGACUGGCCAUCAGUUAUCGAAACCACCACGUACGGAUCACCAAGGGUCAGCGGGUUAAGUUUAACGAUUAUGAGCUGCAAGACCGAGACUACCCGUGGGACAAAAAGGGGUUCAACAUCAGCUGGGUUCCUGGUCGCAGCACCGUCGUGUAUGUCCCCGAGAUCAGCCUGGUGGUCCGCUAUUUUGAGCUGAACUAUGGCUUCAGCAUUGAGCUACCAUCAUUCACAUACUUCAACAAGACGGAGGGGCUGUGUGGUGUGUGCAACUUUGACCAAUCGGACGACCUGCUUCACAAGAACGGCCGCCUGUCCACGGACAUCCCGUCGUUCGCGUACAGUUGGCUCGUCGAGGGCACCCCCGAGAUCUGCAAAAUCCAGGCGGCAGCCAGCAAGCGGUCGGUGCCCCGAGAGAUCUGCGAGUUCGAGCGCAACGCCUGCGAGCUCUACGUCGAUCCCGACCUGUACCAGAAGUCGUGCCUGAACGACGCCAGCUACACCCGCAACCUGAGUGCUUCCGUGUGCCGCUCUAAACUGCAGUACGCCGAGCACUGCUGCUCCCAGGGAGGCGUCUCUGUGCACCACUGGCUGAAGGACUCCGGCUGUGACUCUGGAUGUCCUCGCAACAUGGAACUUCGUUGUGAUUCUGGAUGCCCCAAGACCUGCGCUAACUACAGGACACCGGCAGAAGUGUGCCCACUCUCUCCGUCUUACUCCUGCUUCUGCAAAAAUGGCUUUGUUCUCAAAAAUGGAGAGUGUGUUGCCAUCAAGAAUUGCGAGGCCUGUGAUGAACAGGGCCACUUGAUUGGGGACAGCUGGCAAGUGAGUCCCUGUGAGACUUGUGAAUGCGGCGAGAAUUUGAAGGUACGAUGCACCAGCAUUUUGUGCCCGGCACCACCGACGUGCCGAAAUGACGAAAAACUGAUCCACCUUCCCCGGAGCAAUGGAACCUGCUGUGAUGCCUAUCUGUGUGAUGCCAACCUUUUGUCCUCAUGCAAGCCACCUUCACCAGUUGCUUGCCAACCAGGAGCUGUUUCCAAACUAAAAACGAAUGACGAUGGAUGCCCAAGCUAUUUCUGUGAAUGCGACCUCAAGCAGUGUCCGUCGCUGCAGUGGCCAGCCAACCUCGAGCAGGGUCUCGAGGCAUUCGUGGAGCUCCAGGGAUGCUGCAACAAGGUGUCGGUUCGCUGCAACCCCCAGCGCUGCCAGGACAUGCCAAACUGUCCGCCGGAUACGGAGCUCCUAAACGAACCGGGGGAGUGCUGCACCACUUACAAGUGCGUUCCCAAAAACAAAUGUGCUUACAUUCACCAGUACAAGGUUGUGAAUGGAAUGCAGAUGAAACUGCACCCGGCCCAGCAGUACCAGAAGAUGUAUCCGCCGGAAUCCAGUUGGUCAGAUGGCCUGUGCACAAACUGCAGUUGCUCUCAACGUUUCAACCAGUACCAAUACAGUUGCAGGGUGGAGGUUUGUCCUGGUGAGCAACAAGAUACUGAGGACUAUGAGUACACUGUGGACACUCGUGCUUCUGGAGUCUGCUGUCCAAAACAAGUACGGACAGCAUGCAAAGGAGGAGGUCUAGUGUACAAGAUUGGAUCCGAGUGGGCUUUGCCAGGGGAAAAGAAGUGCCGGUCUUACCGGUGCGAGAGGUCGCCCACCACGGGAGAAGCAGUCAAAGCUGUUCUCACCCAGAUCUGCAACACAACCUGCUUGCGUAGUGAAAAAUAUGUUGAGCCUCGUCCUGGAUCAAACGACUGCUGUGGCCGCUGUCUUCGUGAAUUUUGCGAGGAGAACCACAACCUCUACCAGGUUGGUGAAAAGUGGACCUCUACCCUGAGACCCUGCUUCAGUGUCCACUGCCUUCGCGGAGUAUCUGGUGCCGUAGAGAUGAAGUAUACACUGAAAACUUGCCCCCCGCUACCUUCAAACUGUCCCAAGAACAACAUUGUCCGUGACGAGACAGGAUGCUGUCAAAAGUGCCAAGUCACACCAGGCUCCUGUAGGCCUCACAAUGCUGCCAACUCACUGCAGUACUUUACCUUGUCAGACAGAUCACGCGGAUUAUGUUCAAACUCUGAGCCAAUUCCAGAUCUUAAGGAGUGCACAGGCCAGUGCUAUUCAAGUACCAUCUAUUCACCAGACACCAACAACUUCACGAGCUCGUGCAGAUGCUGCACAAUCAUGAGUGCCGUCCAGAGAACGGUGACACUCACUUGUGGAGACGGCUCCAAGAUUCAGAAACAGUAUCAGAACCCAACGGAAUGUGCCUGCACGCUUUGUGGGGAACCGGCGAGGGGUUCCACCGGCAUUGGCAAACCCCCCACGCCUCUUUGAUGACACAUUUCCCAUUCAUUCAUCCAUCUUCAUUCAAUUUAUUUUUAAAAACGCUUUCGUCUUUCUCCCAAAAGGAACAGCCCCACGAAUGUCUAUCUUACAGGUAAAGCGGCGUUUCUGUCUGUAAUACAUUGCAAUAAACUCCUCGUAUUU